AUGAUUUACCUGCAAGGGAAGAACCGACCGAUCGGUAUUAAGGAAGAGGACAUAAACGAUGAGAAUUACCUCCUCAUAAAAAAUAUUUUAAAGGAUGAACAGGUGCAUGUGCAUAGCUGGAUAGAAGUCAGUCUAAUCUACUACAAGAAAAAUUACUACAAGCUCUUUUUGGACCUAACCAAGGAGGGGGAGAUUUUUUAUCUCACCAAAAAUGAUGACAAAGAGGGGAAGGAAGAGACGGACGAGAGGGACGCCUCGAAAGACGGGUCGAAUUUUUACACCCUCCUGCUGCUAUACCACUUGGAAAAAAUAAUGAAUACGAAAAAUGUAAGCAAAGAAGAUGAGUUGAAAAUAAAGCUGGAAAAUUUAAUUAAUCAGAUUGAGAGGAGGAGGAGUGACGUCCUCCUAAGGGGGGUGGAAGUGGACAUGCAUGGCGGGAUGUCAAGUAAAAAACAGGGGUCAAUUCCAUGGGCGAGCUACGAUUACCUAUCCCCACAUUUAGCUAAAGGCAUUUACAACGUUAAUAUGUACCUGUACCUGCUAAACAAGUAUGACCGGAAGAGGGGCGCCAACUACUUCGUAAGGCCGAAAACUUCCCCCAGCGAUGGAGACAACGAUGAUUAUGAGAAGCAACCGUCAGAGGAGAAGAUAAAAAGUGAAUACAUUAAUCCGUUGAAUUAUUUAAUGGAGAGCAUAUCCAUAUUAACCCAACUGGUUAAGAAGAACAAGUACGAUUUUGUUGCCUCGAUUUAUUUGUCCCUCUCUUUAUGUCUGACGUAUAAGUUGGAUCUCUGCAUUGAGUUUUCCUCCAACGUUCUGAUAAGGCUUAUAAAUUUGGAGAAUUUUUUAAAGGCCAUUGUUGCUACUUAUCAGGGGUUGUUAGACCCUGUGGGGGAAAAAUCUCCCAACACGGAGAAGGGAGCAACAACCUGGCUGUCCAAAUUUAUGAGUCGUGAAAAAGGGGGGAAUGACAAUACUGAUAAGCGUGCAGAAAACAUUGGAUCGUUUAGUGGAAGGGACCAUACAGCAGGGGAAGAGCACCUCUAUAAGUGCAUUCGGUUAAAGAAUCUGCUAACCACCAUUAGAAGCCUCAAGGCAAUAAUAAAAUACAUAAUAGGUAUCUGCUACGUGAAGAAGAAGGAGUGGAGCACGGCCUCCUUCUGCUUAACUGAAGCGAUAAAACUUGAUGGACACCCCCAGGCGUACUUAACCAACGGGUGGCUCCUCCUGAUGAACUACUUGGGAAAAAUCGCGCAGUGUAACGACUUUGUGAAGGAAGGGAUCCAUUGGGGGGUUGGAUAUGGAGACCUCCCCCAAGUCAAGGAGGAGCAAUUCUCCCAUUUGGAGUCCCUCCCCCCUGGUUUCGACAAAAACGAUCUCCGAAAAAUUCCCAUGAAGGAGAUCAUUAACCUAACGCUGGUACGUUACUACGAUUAUUUAAGACGCGGUAUAGUGAAAUAUUCAAAGGGGGUAGAAAACAUCCUGAUGAAAGAGAACUCCUCUUAUCACAUCGAAAAGAAUGACAUAUACGAGUACGACGAAUCGAUUGAGAUGGCAAACAAUGAAAGUGGCUACCUGAAAAAGGACCAUGAGCAUGUGCACCUGUCUGAGAGGAUGAUCUAUCUGUACCUGGAUCUGUGCGAAAUAUGGCUAAUGCAGGGAGAUAAAAAAUCUGUUCUCCUUUUAAAACUGAUGAAGGAGAAGGUACACUUUAGUUAUGUUAAUAAGAAAUGCCUUUCCAAGUAUUACUUCCUCAUUGGUAUGUAUUACCAUCACAUUGUGGGGAAUACAAGGAGGGCCCUCAAGUACUACUACAAGAGCUUUCAAAUUUAUGGCAACCAAGUCAGCAGGUAUUAUCGUACAAUCUGUUUGAUCCAUCUGAAGAAGUACAGUAAAGCUAAGAAGAACAUUUUGUUUUUUUUUCAAAAGGGUAGAAAUGCCUAUUUUGUCAAAUUGUAUGUUUUUUUCUUCCUCCACACGGCAAAUUUAUUUUUAAAUUUUAACCUCCUGUGGGAGGGAAGCAGUAAUCGUGCACGUCCCCAUGGGGGCACCAACGUGGCGGCUGAGCAACCCUCUCAUGCCAUUAAGAAUACCACCCAGGGGGACGACACGAAGAUGUGCGACAAAGACAAACGAACACACGUUGCAGUUCGAAGCAAAUAUAUGAAGAGCAACCAGAAUGACAGUUCCAUGAAAGUUGUCCUACGGAUGUUGCAACAUCUGAUUGACGUUCUGGAAAAGAACAGUUAUUUGUUCCAUAACGAUUUGGACACCAAACUGAUGAGAAUAAAAAUACGUGAACUGCUGAUAACCAAGUAUAACCAUGAGGGGAUGGUGGACUACAAUAAGGAGCUCAACGAAGUGGAAGAAGUUAGGUCUUUUUUCAGACAAAGAAAUAAACCUAGCAAAAUAUCCUACGAACUGAUUAAUAAUUAUAUCAUCUCUCUUUUCUUUUGCGAUGAGAAAGAACGCAGUGUGGAGUUAAUGGAGUUGCUGAAGAGGGAAAUCUUCCUCAAGGUGAAGCGCUUCUCUAGGUACUACUCUUAUACCUUUUGCGGCAGGGCUUCCGAUGCACGACUGUUGCGGGAUAGGGAAGAACAUGGAAUUGACCCCCCUAAGGAGACAAUUUCCACCGAAAGGAACAACCCUCGAAAGCGCAGCGCAACGACCCCGGGGAGUACGAACAAGAAGUCCAAACGGAAUGGGAGCGGGUCCCCCUGUGAGGACGUCAUUACAGGAAUUGCGCCUGGCGAAGAGGUCAAAGAGAAGAAGGACCUCCUCCACCGCACUGUGCGUCGAAACGCAAUAAAGCUGUACCACCUGGACGUCAUGCUUCGCAACCACAGAAUCGGACAGAUCAGGCAAACUAUAUUGAGUGAAGGAGAGAAGCUUCCCAAUCAUGUAUACAUAAAAAGAAGCAACAGACAGCGAUACAGGGAAAUAAUUAACUACCUAAAGAGGAUCUACCUAACCAUAUGCUUUAACAGCGCCGUCUUGGAAGAGUACCUUGGCUAUAAAGACUCCUCCAUACAGACAUACAAAUUGUAUACACAGUUGUAUAAGACGUAUGAAGGUGCCUUCGUUAGGUUAGCAAACGUUUACAUACAAAUGAGGAAAUUCUCUAAAGCGAAGGAGGUGAUAGACAAGGGGUUGCAGACAAAUCCAAAGUCAGUAAACCUCUUACUGCAAAAGGCUUACAUACACGUGGCCAGGAAGCACUACGAUUAUUGUAUAUACGCCUUGGAGAAGCUAAAAAAAAAUGAACACCUGAAAGACGACGUUUUGAUUAAUACGUAUUUGGUCAUCAUCAAGUUUUGUAAACUUAAAAGGGGAAAAAGUAAGGAAGAAAAAAAUCAGCUGGUAAAUGAAAUAUACACUCAAAUAAGUUUGCUAGGGAGAGAGAGGAAUAACUUUUUCGUGUCCAGCCUAAUAUCCAUCCUGCUCAGCGUUAACCACAAGUAUGAUCUGUCCAGCGAAGCCUUCCAGUUGUUAAUCGACUCGAAUGAGAAGCAAACCUUCUACUGCCAGUCGGCGUUAAGAAACCUUGUCCUACACAUGUUUAACCACCUGAUGAGAACAAACCAUGAGAUGAAAAAUAAAUUAUUUUUAAAAAAAUUAAAUUUGUUCUUCAAUUUAAGCUUAAAGAAUGGCAUAAACGACAAGCAGUUUUUUCUCUGUUAUGCGAAUUUUUUACACUUAAUUGAAAAGUUUGAGGAUGCCAUUCUUCUGCUAUACAGUGCAUACGUUAAGUGGUCUCAUGAUUUGUCUAUUCUGAAUAUUCUGAUCAUUUGUAUUGAUUCGUUUGUUUCAAAGUAUCUCAGUUCAGAUUACGUGGAGUUGACGGAUGUUCUGCUCAUGGGCGACUUGAUCUGCUUCUCCUUCCGCGCCAUCCACACGAUUCUGCGGUUUAAGCGGCUCUCCACGUCUGCGGAGCUCCUCGCUUCGGAUGAACAACACAACUACUACAAAGAAGGCGAUCUCAUCGUCGAAGUAAGGAGGAAAGACAUCGAGCAUUUGGCCAGCAGGAAGUACCUAAUCAACACCUACAAAAAAUUCGAGGAGAAAAUAAAGCCAUACAUUGAAAGCAGUGUGCCCAGCAUGGUCAGGCAGAAAAAAAUGUAUAACCAGAAGAAAAUAAAUUUACAGAAAAAAAUUUACGAAGAUAAAAAGAGGAAAAAAAUUUUGGAAAUGAAAAAACUGAAGAGUCAGGAAAGUCUACAUGAGGAACUGCUCAGAGAUGUUAGCGAACUCACCUACCACAUGACCGAACGGGGGACGGGAAUGACCACCCUGAGGGGAGAAGGAAAGGACGCCCCACAGGAAGAGGGAGAAACGCAUCCACAAAAGGGAGAUGAUCAACAGGAGGGGGAUGACGACGAUGAGGAAUUUUCUUUUAAUAAAGGAAGCGCCAACCCGAAUGAGGCAACUGACAAGGAGGAGAUGGAUAACCCUGGGGAAGGAGACAUCUCCGACGGUGAUCCGCAAUACAUGGACGACUCUUCCAGCAGCUCAGAUCUCUUCGAGGAGAAGAAACCCAAAAAAAGGAAAAAAGUUAUAGACUAA